AUGGCAAUAUCCCUUGAAGCCCUCAACUCAUAUUUACCAAUGUUUUUUGUAGCUACUUUCUGCUCUCUUCUUUUUAUCUAUCUUCACUUGAAAAAUACUAAGAAGCACCCUAGUUAUCCCACAAACUGGCCUUUUCUUGGUAUGAUGCCUGGCCUUAUAUCGAAUGCUCAUCGCAUGCAUGAGUAUGUAACCGAGGUUCUUCGUGAAUCAGGAGGAACUUUUGUUCUGAAAAAGCAUUCUUUUUCUGGUUCAGAUGACAUAAUCACUUGUGAUCCUGAUAAUAUCCAGUACAUUUUGAGCAGGAACUUCCAGAACUACCCGAAAGGUCCCAAGUUCAAUCAGAUAUUUGAGCUCCUUGGAGAGGGGAUAUUCAAUUCUGAUGCAGAUUUGUGGGAACUACAAAGAAAAACCACAAUGUUCCUGAUGAAUCAUUCAAAGUUCCGCGCAUUCUUGGAAAGAAUUAGUUGGGGGGAGGUGGAAGAAAGACUAAUACCAGUCUUGGACCGUGUAGCGGAUGAGAGUAAGGAGAUUGAUCUGGCUGAUUUACUUCAAAAGUUCACGUAUGAUACUAGCUGCAAAUUGAUCUUAGGCUAUGAUCCACACUGCCUUUCUAUCGACUCAGUGUAUCCUAAAGCUGGAGAAGCAUUUGAUGUUAAGGCUGAAAGAGCAUUUGAUAUUACUGAAACAGGGGCCUUUUAUAGACAUAUUCUGCCCAUAAGCUAUUGGAAGUUAAGUAGAUGGUUGCACAUAGGCUUAGAGAAGAAGAUGAAGAUAGCUUCAGACGAACUCAACAGUCUCGUGGCACAUUGCAUUGCAUUGAAACGCGAGGAACUGAGCAAAAGGUCAGCAAGUGAUGAUCUUGUCUCAGAGACACAGAGUGGGGAUGAUUUUGACCUGUUAACAAAUUUCAUGCAUGUGUACAAAGGAGUUAGUACACCUUCAGGUAACUUUGAGAAACUUUUGAAAGACACCGUAAUGAAUUUACUGUUUGCGGCUAGAGACACCACAAGUGCUACUCUCUCUUGGUUUUUCUGGCUCAUUGCAACUCAUCCAUCAGUAGGACUCAAGAUCCGAGAGGAGAUCAAGAGAAAUAUGGAUCUUACAAACACCGAGGAGGAUAAUAUCAAGCUAUUUGAUACAACUACCAUUGGUAAUCUUGUUUAUCUGCAUGGAGCCUUGUGUGAAGCCAUGAGGCUAUUCCCAGCAGUGCCUUUAAACCAUAAAGCUUCUUUCCAGCCCGAUGUUCUGCCAAGCGGCCACUCAAUUGGAAAAAACACAAGGAUACUAAUAUCAUUUUACUCAGUAGGGAGAAUGGAGAGCGUCUGGGGUGAAGAUUGUUUGGAGUUUAAGCCUGAGAGAUGGAUAUCAGAGCGAGGCAAGACGAAGCAUGUGCCAUCUUACAAAUUUGUGGCAUUUAAUUCCGGGCCAAGGACUUGUCUAGGCAAGGAAAUGUCAUUUGUGCAAACAAAAAUAAUUGCAGCCUCCAUCAUAUACCGAUAUCAAAUCAAUAUGGCAGAAGGUCAUCCACCAGUUUAUCCUAGGAAGUCGGUGGUGCUGCAAAUGAAACAUGGUUUGAAGGUGAAGGUUAAAAAAUCACCUGCUUGA